UCGCCAUGACUUGCGACCGUCAUACCAACAUGCGCAUGUGCCAUUACAGACAUGGCGCGUGCUGCUCGCUAACCAACAGCAUUUCGCAGGCUGGAUGAUACGUCACGCACCCUGAGCGGUUGGAUGACAACGGCGCCAGGUAGUCUUCACCGGACCGGCAUUGCUGGUGCCGCAAGCAUGUUGUUGUCCUUUUCUUGGGUCGGGUCGGUCGGGCAGUCGGGUAUUAUCGGUGGGCGGUUGACUCCAAAAGUCAAGUCACGAAAGUCACGGGCGCUUAUCUCCACGACUAUCAGCCUCAGCCUUAUCUCGAUCCAGCAUUCGGUCAACAACGGUCACCACAAAACACGCUGCGAUACCCCGGAUUCUAGCCUCCGCAUUCUUGCCGUCGCCUCUUAUCUAUGAAAACACUCUCUGAUUGCUUCGGUUGAAGUGGGCAGCCCAUGCUCAAUGCAGCAAGUAGAGCUGCUAGGUCCUAACAACAGAGCAAACCGGGCAGUUAUUAAAGCUACAAGCUCCGAGGGAAGC